AUGUAUUAUCAAUGGACCUUGUUGGAUACCAGUAUAAUAUUGCAAAAACAUAGAAUGUCAUUUGAAAACAGAAAUUUAGAAGAGAAUGGGGGUGCAAAUAAGGUGAUAAGUCCAAGGCCACAGAAGGCGGUUGGUACGGGGACGCAUAUAUCGAAGAGUGGUGGUAGGGGAGAUAUGACCAGAGUAGGAAAAGAGGGUAAAGAUAGUCGAGAAAACAAGUCAGUAUUGAGAGUAGAACCAGCGACUAAUUUGAAAUCGUGUUUGAUGCCUAGCAGUGAUGGAUCCAGGCCACAGCUGUCUCAAAGUAGUGGUAAUGGGGGUGAAAUGCGCCUGGGAGCUGUAUGUGUUGGGCAGCACGCCCAUGCGUCGUUUGCAGAACCAGAGGACGAUAUUAGUCCCAAUAGACACGGUUUAUUGUCUUUGAAUAGUAUGGGAACGGUCUCGACAUCGCUUGAUGAGAAUGUAGCGCAUUCACAUAUGCCAAAUAUGAAUUUCAAUUGUGAAGCCCCGAAGAGUACGUCUCCACCGUUCACGCAGGGGCAGCACGAAUAUUUUAGUCCGCCACCCAUGUCUAGAAUGAAUUCCUUGCGGUAUUCGGGACAAAACGAUAAGAAAAUCAUCGAGUCUAUGAGACAGUCGAAGACGACGAGUCCGUCACCCAUCAGUUCGCCAAAUCCAGAUAUUAAAACGUCAGAGACUCCCGAACAGAAAGUUAAGGACAAAUUGCAUUUAUUGAUUGGUAUCACAGGAUGUAUCUCAGUUAACAAGAAUAUUUUCUUGAUAAUCGAAAAAUUGUUUAACAUGUACACACCGGAGAAAUUAGAAAUUCAAGUAGUAUUAACAAAGGCCGCUGAAUGGUUCUUGUCUGAAAAAUUGCAUAAAUUCGACGCUAUGGGCGUCAAAGUGUGGUUUCAUGAUGAUACAUUCAAAUAUUUCCUCACCAAUAAAAUCACAAGUAACCCGAGCAAACCGUUAGUCAAGUUAACUCCCAGCUUAUUAAGUCAAUACAUCUUAAGUUACGAUCUACAAAAAUGGACCGACGUUUUAUUGAUCGCACCAUUGUCUGCCAAUACGAUGGCUAAAUUAAUUAAUGGAUUGUCUGAUAACCUCUUGACAGAUUUACUUCACACAUGGCCUAUUCCUCAAAUAAAUUACCCACAACAACAGCAAAAGUCUGCCAAUCAGCAACACGAUAACACGGUAUUAUCGAAUAAUUUACUAGCCCCUAAGCCAAUAGUAGCCGCGUUGGCAUUGACCAGCUCUAUGUAUGCGCACCCGAUCACAAAGAGACAGUUGUCACUUUUGCAAGAAUCCUACCCUAAUAUGAGUAUAUUGAAACCAGUGGAAAAGUAUGUUGACAUUGAUGGUAACAUAUCAAUGGGUGGAAUGCGGUCUUGGACCGAGGUUGUGGACUUUGUUCUGAAAAAAUUAGGUGAACCAACUAAGAAUGAAGAUGAAGAAGGUGACGACAAUGAUGACGAUGACGACGACGAUGAUGAUGAUGAUGAUGAUGAUGAUGAUGAUGAUGAUGAUGAUGAUGAUGAUGAUGAUGAUGAUGAUGAUGAUGAUGAUGACGGUGAUGAUGAUGAUUCUGGAUUUACAGUCGAUAAGAAGGAGCAUAAUAUGCGUCAUAAUCUACGUGACAGCAAGAAGGAUCAUAUCAAACCUGAGAAACCUAUAGAGUCAUCCGACAAAAAGGUUUCAAAUAAAGAGCUAAAGGAGCAUGAAAAACUAGCUCUUCAAAAUGCCAUUAAGAAUUCUGGUUUAGGUGUUAAUCAAUCUAGUAUAAAUAAUUAG